UCAAUUUUCAGUUCACAGUCACACACCAUUUAUGACUGAGAUAAGACCACCACUCCAACUCACACCCAUCUGUUUCUGCUCCAAGUCUGUGUCUUCCAAAGCAACAUUUUUUUUUAAAUAAUAUAAUAAUGCAAACACACAGUACCCAUCUCCUCUUCUCUUCUGUUUUAGUCUUUAUAUAAUGCCCCCCCACCGAGCAACAUCCUAGCUGCCUCUAGUAGCUUUCUCUUUUUACACUGUUUCUCCUUCUGGGUUCUUUGCUUCGCUAUCUGCUUUGGAACAUUGCCUCAUCUCACAAGGGAAAUAAUGGCAUUGCCUGUACUUCUGUUUCUGCUGUGUUUUUUCAUAAUAGCAGAGUCCAACCUCUUCCUUUUUGAUCGAAUUGUUCAGUUACCAGGUCAACCUCAAGUCGGGUUCCAGCAGUAUUCGGGUUAUGUGACCGUUGAUGAGAAAAACCAGAAAGCUCUGUUUUACUACUUUGCUGAAGCAGAAACAGAUCCUGCUUCUAAGCCUCUUGUUCUCUGGCUAAAUGGAGGGCCAGGUUGCUCUUCAUUGGGAGUUGGAGCGUUCUCUGAAAAUGGGCCAUUCAGGCCAAGUGGGGAGGUUCUUAUCAAGAACCAGUACAGCUGGAAUACAGAAGCAAAUAUGUUGUACUUGGAGUCACCAAUUGGAGUUGGGUUCUCUUAUUCCACUGAUACCUCCUCUUAUGAGGCUGUUAAUGACAAGACCACAGCUUGGGACAAUCUGCUGUUUUUGCAAAAAUGGUUUGUCAAAUUUCCACAGUACACAAAUAGAAGCUUGUUCAUCACUGGAGAAAGCUAUGCUGGUCAUUACGCUCCUCAACUAGCUGAACUCAUGCUUGAAUUCAACAAGAAGCAGAAUUUGUUCAAUUUGAAAGGAAUUGCUAUAGGAAAUCCAGUUCUGGAGUUUGCCACGGACUUCAAUUCGAGGGCUGAGUUCUUCUGGUCUCAUGGAUUGAUAUCAGACACAACCUAUAAAAUGUUCACUUCAGUUUGUAACUACUCACGCUAUGUGAGUGAAUACUACAGAGGUUCAGUUUCUCCUAUUUGCUCAAGGGUGAUGGGUCAAGUGAGUAGAGAAACAAGUAGAUUUGUGGACAAGUAUGAUGUUACUCUUGAUGUCUGUAUAUCAUCACUGCUCUCACAGUCCAAGGCCCUUAGUCCCCAGCAAGUCGCUGACAAUAUAGAUGUAUGUGUAGAAGAUGAAACAGUUAAUUAUCUCAACAGGCUGGACGUGCAGAUGACUCUCCACGCACUCCUUGUAGGUGUCCAACGAUGGACUGUUUGCAGCAACGUCCUAGGUUAUGAGCUGCUGGAUUUGGAGAUACCAACGAUUCCUAUUGUGGGCAGGCUGAUCAAAGCAGGAAUCCCAGUCUUGGUAUACAGUGGAGAUCAAGAUUCUGUCAUCCCAUUGACUGGAAGUCGAACCUUAAUUCAUCAACUGGCCGAGGAAUUGGGACUGAAAACCUCCGUGCCUUACAGAGUUUGGUUUGAGGGGCAGCAGGUUGGUGGAUGGACUCAAGUAUACGGCAAUAUCCUGUCCUUUGCCACUAUCAGAGGAGCAUCCCAUGAAGCUCCAUUUUCUCAGCCUGAGAGAUCUUUAGUGCUGUUCAAGGCAUUUUUGGAAGGGCGGCCUCUACCAGAAGCGUUUUGAUCUGAUCAAAUGAUCCAGUUCUUGGAUGGAAUUACUAAUUCAAUUGUAAGUAAAGUUGGAUUGCUACUGCAAAAAGGCACUUGUUUGUUUGUUUUGUUACUUGGAUUUGUCCAUGCUAUGAAAUGUAAAAAAAAUUUGUAAAGAUUUUGAGUAAAGGAAAAAAUGUAUUUUAUUGCGAA